GCUUGCUCGAUCUCUGCAUGGUGCUUUUAUAAGACUUUCAUCUCAAAUUGCGCCUGGGAGAAAAUCACGCAUUACUAGGCGACGUCUUUGGCCUGCAAAACCUGGUCGUUAGUCGUUCCUCUCAAAGCUUUUCCUUUUUGACAAAAGGAGCUUGACGUAUUUGAGGAAUUGUUUGACUAUCGGUGGCAACGAUGAGGACGUUCGUAGCUGUGUUGGUACUGGCCUCGAUAACCGUCUCAUUAGUGAAAUCGCAAGGUGGUCGAAAAGAUGGUCCAAUCGACUUGGUCUUUGGCGUUCCCUCGAACACACAACUUGGCUCAAGAGGUUUCGAUGGCUUUAAAAGUUUUGUAAAGAAAGUAGCAAGCUCGUAUCCAUUAUCUCGGGGAAACACCAAUGUUGGCAUCAUCCAGUAUGGCAGGAAUGCUCGAGUUGUUAUGCCUUUGUCCGAAGGAACGUCAACGCGAGCCUUGAAUCGGAGACUUGAUGGUAUGUCCUACCAAUCUGGUCGCUCGAACGUUCCUCAAGCUCUGCGUCUGGCGGGUUCCGAAAUGUUUUCAGCUGGAAGAGCAGGUGCCAGCAAGUAUUUUGUAUUGGGGGCUGGCUCGGAGACCGGCACUCGAGACGAAUUGGAAAACGCCGCCAAACAACUUAAGUAUCAAGGUGUUUCCGUCAUGCCCGUUCCGAUUGGUGGUGACGCGAGCAGAUCACCAUUGAGAUACGUUGCGAGUGAUCCAAAAAGAGAUUUCUAUUUACCGGCCACUGAUGUUGGUCAACUUGAAAAUAGACUCCAUACAACUGCCACCUCUUCUAUAGUACCAGGCCUUUCACGACGGUUCACAGCGAGUGUAGGCAAGAAGGACAUUCUUCUUGGUAUUCCAGACGGUGACCAAACGAGGAGCUCUUUUCAACAAAUGAAAUCUUUUGCUAAGAAAUUCGCUUCCGGAUUUGAAUUUGGAAGUGACGAUGUCCGUAUGGGCGUGUUCACUUACAGCGAUAGAGCAAAGUCUGUUUUGGAAAUAAGAAACGGUGGUUCGAAAACUGCGUUUAAUAAUGCAAUCGACAGAAUGACGCAUGGCGGUGGUGGUAAUCGUAAAGAUACAGCAAUACAAUAUGCUUCCCGGAUGUUGGCAAGGUCUGGUCGCCCUGGGGCUGAACAAUCUGUCGUGUUUCUUUCUAACGGCGCUUCGUCUGCAGGAUCUUCAAGCCUAAGUAGCAUACCUGAAUCCUUCCCGGAUAUGGAUAUAGAAUCUGUAGCAAUUGGUCGGAAUGCACAAAUAGACGGUGCUCAGAUCUCCAGAAAAUACACGUACUAUGAUGGCUUUCCCAGGCUUGUGACAGCAGGCCCUUUUGAAUUAACCACGAAAAUUACUCAAUCUGGAGGCCGCUCUGGUAGUAGUAGAGGAGGCAAGGGACCAAAAGGUGAAAAAGGUGAAAAGGGACGUGAUGGUGGUGCAGGUCGACAGGGUCGACAGGGUCGACCUGGCAUAAGGGGACCACGAGGUCAACCCGGACAGUCUGGUGACCCGGGAGAUGAAGGUCGCCGAGGGCCAGCCGGCCCUGGUGGCAUAUUCAUUCCUGAUCCGGAUGAUGAUUCUCGUGGGAAAGGUCCUGGCCCGAACCAAUAUCAAUAUGUUCCUGGUCCACCUGGCCCGCAGGGUCCACCUGGUCCCCCAGGACAAUCUGGCCCUCCUGGGCGAGAGGGCAGUAGAGGAGACCCUGGUGCGCCUGGUUUAUCUGGUAUGGCUGGCGAACCUGGACAACCAGGUUCGAAAGGUAUCAAAGGUCGCGACGGAACACCAGGAAAUCCAGGACCCGAUGGUUUGCCAGGUAGCGAAGGUGAGAGUGGUUUACAAGGACCUCAGGGACCUCCUGGAAACCAAGGACGACAGGGCAUACAAGGUUCAAAGGGAUUACGCGGUCAAACUGGUCUGAGUGGUGAUCGAGGAGAAACAGGCUUACCUGGUGAUAAUGGCGAGCCUGGUGAUCCUGGCAAUGAUGGCAGAGAUGGAAUACCUGGUGAACCUGGUCAACCUGGUCCUAAAGGCGAGCAGGGACUCAAGGGUCCUCAGGGUUCACGUGGACAAUCAGGUGUUUCUGGACCGCCUGGUUCCCAGGGUCCACCUGGUACAGCUGGUAUUCCAGGUAGUCAGGGUAGUCCUGGUGCAAAUGGUGAAAAGGGAGAUCCUGGAAUAGUUGGAAGUCCCGGUAAUCCAGGACGAAUUGGUGAUACGGGCCCAAGAGGCUCCAAAGGUUCCAAAGGUGCACGUGGGGCUGAAGGUGUACCUGGUGCUUUCGGGCUCAAAGGAGACAGAGGUUUAAUCGGAUUACCUGGUCCAACUGGAUACCAAGGUGCCCCUGGUAACCCGGGACCCCCUGGCCCUCCAGGAACUGGUGGCUCACGUGGAGAGAGGGGUCGAAAUGGACAAACUGGACUUCCUGGCACUAUGGGACAAAAAGGAAUUCAUGGCAUACCCGGACCUCCAGGUUCGCAAGGUGAUGCUGGUAUAACUGGAAAAAGCGGUCCUCCAGGAAGGGCUGGACGUCAGGGGCCAGCUGGUCCAGCCGGUCUAAAGGGUGAGCCUGGUUUUGAAGGUGCUCGAGGACGGACUGGAACAAUGGGAGCCAAGGGCGAUCAAGGCUUACCGGGUGCUACAGGUCUAGUGGGAGUUAAAGGAAUAAGGGGCAGAGAUGGUCAAAAGGGUCCAAAGGGAGUGCGAGGUCCUAAAGGACCUCCUGGUGCCCCUGGGCAGAACGGUUUGGAUGGAAAACCUGGUAGUCAGGGGGCUGCUGGAAAUACUGGUCAAAUUGGACCACCAGGUGUAGCUGGUCAGUCUGGACCUUUGGGACCAACUGGUCCUACGGGAGACAAAGGAGCUCAGGGAGUAGAAGGUGUUCCUGGUAUAAUUGGUUCUGAUGGUCCGAAGGGUGAGAAGGGUGAUCAAGGCAUCAGUGGUGCACGAGGAAUUCACGGAGUUGAUGGUUUAGAUGGAGACGAAGGAGAGCCAGGUUUGCCUGGUGAAACCGGUUCUCAAGGAGCCCAGGGUGAUCGUGGAGAACGAGGUCUUGAGGGUCCCACCGGACCUCCUGGAAGAAAGGGUUACCAAGGAGACUAUGGCGCUCCAGGAAAAAUAGGAAAGCAAGGAAUCACUGGAGAACCUGGAGAGCAAGGCGCACGUGGUCAUACGGGCCGACCUGGAAAACGUGGUCCUGGUGGCGAAGUUGGAUCAGAUGGAUUGCCUGGGCCCGAAGGUGCUACAGGUCCUCCGGGUCUGAUGGGACGCCGUGGUACAAUGGGUCUUCCUGGUGCACCCGGGCUUCCCGGUGAAAAUGGUCUCAAGGGUGGCAGGGGAGAUAAAGGUUAUCCUGGUGAACCAGGCAAGCGUGGACGGGAUGGCCGAGCAGGAAGAAAUGGUAAUCCUGGUAAACAAGGGCGAAUUGGUUCCCCAGGUCCUAAAGGUGUUCGUGGAGAUCCAGGAAAUGGAGGCGCAACUGGGAAGCCUGGUGAGCGUGGUCCCGCUGGUAAUCGAGGACUUCAAGGAGAUGAGGGACAGGCUGGAGCACCGGGACUGCAAGGGCCAAGCGGACCUAAGGGCAAUCGAGGUGAUAAAGGAGGAAUGGGCGAGAAAGGUUUAAAAGGUGAAACAGGAAUGUCCGGAGGUCCUGGUGGGCCGGGCGAACAAGGAGAGGGCGGUGAUCCUGGUGAUAUAGGGUCCAGUGGAAUUCCUGGUAGUCCAGGUGUUCAUGGAGCACGGGGAGAUCCUGGACCAAUUGGACCUGUGGGUUCACCGGGAAUAAGUGGUAGUGCAGGAGAUGACGGAUUGUCUGGGGCGAAGGGCAACCGGGGAAGACCAGGACCAUCUGGCAAACCUGGACCACCUGGUCCUCCUGGUAACGAUGGCGAAGAUGGUCAAAAUGGUGAAAAUGGUAAAGCAGGAGGAACGGGUGAUAUUGGAGAAAGUGGAGCUAAAGGUUCUAAAGGCUCGAAGGGUUCUGCGGGAUAUCCAGGACAACAGGGACAACAGGGGUUAACUGGAAAUGCUGGACCGAAGGGCUCGCCAGGUGAAAGCGGAGAUAGUGGUCCAUCUGGAGGAGUAGGUGAUAAGGGUUUUGAUGGUGCCAGAGGUGCAAGAGGUGCCGAUGGGGCUGAUGGAACUAUUGGUGAAGAUGGUGCUGAUAGCAAUGAAGCUGGUGAUCCCGGUGCAGCGGGAGAGCAGGGUCCUAAAGGUCCUAGUGGACAGCCAGGAUCUAAUGGUGCCCCAGGUCCAUUAGGACCUCAAGGUCAACCUGGUAUUGAUGGACUACCUGGUAAUCCGGGUAAUUCGGGUGACCAAGGUAGGAAAGGAGUUAAGGGACAGAUAGGACCGGAUGGAGCGCCGGGAGAAUCCGGUACCGUUGGUGAGACCGGAGUUGACGGUGAUGACGGUCGUAAAGGGCAAAAAGGUGACAUUGGUGCUCCAGGAAAACGAGGAGCCCCUGGUGAACAAGGUGACAAUGGAAAAGCUGGCAAUCCAGGUCAUGGCGGAGUCGAUGGAAGAACGGGUGCACCCGGUUUAGUUGGUAUAGACGGACCUCCAGGAGCUCCUGGCGUGGCGGGGGUGGAAGGAGAACGCGGUGUGCCAGGUGAAGAAGGACCAGCUGGAAGGGUUGGCGGAACUGGUCCACCUGGCCCCCCUGGUGACCCUGGUCUACCCGGUCCUCCUGGUCUACCGGGAAAGCUGAUUCGGCAAGAAACUGACCCGGAACCCGCUGCGGAGAAAGGUCCUCGAUACUAUUCAAGUGAUGUGGACAUCGACACUGACGAUGCUUUAGUCGAUGACGUGAGUGUGAUUAAGAAAGCGACGGAGGGCAUCCUUGCUAUGAUGGAAAAGAUGGAUGGACGUGAAGCCUCAUCAGCAGCACGAUCUUGCCGAGAUUUGAAAAUGGAAUACCCAUUAGCCCCUGAUGGUGUUUAUUGGAUUGACCCCGAUUGGAAUAGUCAUGGCAACGCUUUCCAAGCCAGGUGUAACUUCACUUUACAAGAAACGUGCAUUAAGUCUCUCAAUUCUAAGAAAACUAACGCUGCUGAAGAGUUCCAUUAUGCGGAUGAGAUUCAAAUGAACUUCCUUCGAUUAUUGAGUGUUUCUGUAUGUCAACGAAUAACAUAUCAUUGCAAGAACUCGAUGGCGUUUGAUGGCAAACAGAAGUCUAUCAAUUUGAUGGGAGAAAAUGAAAUUGCCAUCGACAUGAACAGUCCAAUUGAAUACAGACCCAAAAUUGUCGAAGAUGAAUGCAAGUUGCUCAACAAAGAAUGGCGUAAGACGGUACUCGAAGUAAGGACUGAGCAAAAACAACGAUUACCGAUUAUCAACGUGACACCAUUUGACACAGGCGUGGGAAAAGAACACAAGAUUGAAGCGGGAGAUGUAUGCUUUGUGUGGUAAAUGACACGAUACGACACGUGGCCUGACUUGAACAACAGGAACAGGCAAAUUAGAUACACUGUUAUUUUUAAAUUAAACUGGUAGCUAAAAACGCUAAAGUCUUAUGUACAUUUCACCAUAAACUGUGAUUUCACUGCGUAGAAUUAGAGCUCCUGAUAUGUUUGUUUUAAUGCCUAAUUGUCUGGGCUGUAUUUUGAGUUGCAAUACUUGUUAGUUGUGAACACGAUCUGAUCAUUCUGUCCGAUGUAGGUAGUAAAGCCGUAAUUUAAGUUCAUAAGGUCUAUGUGUGGUAUAUGUGUGUCAUAUUUCAUUGCUUUGAAUAAAUUCUGGUGCGAGGGGUAAAAAUGGCCCAGACGGUG